UUGACAUUUACGUGACAGACAGAUAGUGACAACACGUCGAAAAUGGCUGACUCUGGGCCUAGUAAAACCGAUAUUGAAGCAAUAUUUCAAAGAUUACGCUCUAUUCCAUCGAAUAAAGUAUGUUUCGACUGCAACGCGAAAAACCCUACGUGGUCGUCGGUGACGUACGGAGUGUUCAUCUGCCUGGACUGCUCCGCGGUGCACCGCAGCCUCGGCGUGCACCUCACGUUCGUGCGCUCCACGCAGCUCGACACCAACUGGACAUGGAAGCAGCUCCGGAACAUGCAGCUUGGCGGGAAUGUCAACGCUACCCAGUUCUUCCGCACACACGGGCUGUCGACAGAGGACGCGCGACAGAAGUACAGCUCCCGCGUAGCACAGAUGUACCGUGACAAGCUGAGCGCCAUGUCCGAACAGGCCAUGAAGACCUACGGCACCAAGAUUUGGCUUCACCUGGAGCCGGCGGCGCCCGAGCCCAAGGAGGCCAAGGAGCCCGAGGUAGACUGGUUUGCGGAGCACGGCGACGCCGCACCCACUAACACUAGCGAGCUUCCCAUCCCCGCACAGGGCGGUGGCGCGGGCGCGGCGCUGAGCUCGGCGGCGCGGCUGUGGGGCGCGGGCGGCGCGUCGGGCGACAUGACGCCCGCCGCGCCGCGCGCCAGCACCAUCGCCAGCCGCGCGCCCGCCAAGCGACAAGGGGUAUGUACCCACCACAUUACAUUACUAUUCACUUCUUUGACCACUUCAAGAAAGCAACAUUUGUCGGUAUUGCAGCUGGGCGGUAGGAAAGGCGGUCUGGGCGCGACCAAGGUGGCGGCCAACUUCGAAGACAUCGAGCGCGAGGCGAUGCUGGCGCAGCAGCAGAAGGCCGCGGCGCCGGCCGCCACGCUGGAGAGCGUGGAGCAGGAGGUGGCGGCGCUGCGCCUCGCGUACCGCGCGCCCGCGCCGCGCGCCGCCGCCGAGCGCCUGGGCCUGGCGCAGCGGCAGCCCGCCCGCGCCGGCGUGUCGCACUCGGCCGCCAGCGACAUGACGCCCAUCGAGCAGGAGGACGCGCCCGCGCCGCGCGCGCCGCUCGACGACAUCGACGACUUCAGCUCCUCCUUCACCAUGAUCCGGAACGAGCCGUACGGCAACAGUCGCAACCUGGACAAGUUGUUCGGUGACAGCGACCGCAAGUCUUCCUCGUUCGACAACAUCGCCGGCAUGGCCAGCAUGGGGGGCAGCGCCGGCGGGCUGGGCAGCGGGGGCAGCCUGGCCAGCCCCGGCAGCAUGGGCGGCGGCGCCGGGCUGAGUGGCGCGGACAAUACGCGGAACAGCGCGGAGGGCACGCGGGGCAAUGCGGGCAGGCCGCGCGGACGCCGCGCCGACAGCGCGGAGGAUGACUCUGCCGUCAAGAAGUUCGGGUCGGCGAAGGCGAUCAGUUCGGCACAGUUCUUCGGCGAGCAGGACUCGCGGUGGGAGCGGGACUCGAACCUGUCGCGCUUCCAGGGCAGCACGAGCAUCUCGUCGGCGGAGUACUUCGGCGGCGACGCGCAGCGCAUGCCGCGCAACUCCGCCUUCAGCGUAUCCGCGCCCGACCUCGACGAGGUGCGCGAGUCGGUCCGCGCGGGCGUGACGCGCGUGGCGGGGCGGCUGUCGUCGCUCGCCAACGGCGUCGUGUCCUCCAUACAGGAGCGCUACGGCUACUGAGCCGCCGCCCACUCGCUCCGACACGAAUAUCUAGCCGGCAUUAUUCUAAUUAUAUUUCAAUGUAAGAAACAUUUAUAAGUGACCAACUGACUAGUAACCAUACUAUGUUGCAUAAAUAAUGCUUUGUUGACAAUGUCUCUGAUAGCGGAUCCAUUUUAUUAUUUUGUUUGACACCGACGACGCACUUUACCGCACAGGGACUAAUACAAACAACUGUCGUAUGUGAGUUCUAUUUUGUACGUAUAAAACUAAUGUUGAAUUAUGUCGUAACUUAUGUAAAAGUACUUGUAUUAGACAGAAUUGUCUGAACGGGUGUGAGCAGACAUUAUUGUAUUAUAAAUAAUAUGUUUAUAAUCAUGUUGUAUCAAAAGUAACGCAGAGACACAGAAGCGCCACCUCCCGUACAACGAGUUUAUACAGAGCUGUCCGAAUGUUCAACCGCUGCUUCAUAUUCCGUGUGCGGGAAGUUGCUCGCGCUGCACACAUUCACAUCGGUGGGUUGAGUGGGCUGAAUUUGAACCGGGUUUGGGUAUUUGGACAGAUGCUACCUGUAUGUUAAGCUUUUAUAUGUAUGUAUAUGUGGUGAUGCAGGCCGCCCUACUAGCAUUUGUAGUACCGAAGACGGCUUAUACAUAUGCAAGAGCGCGAGUGGCGUACACACGUCGGCUGCUAGUCGGACACUGACAGCCCAUACACAUAUCGACAUAGCUUCUACAAAUUUCACAUUACUACGCUAUUGUAAUCGUAACUGAGACAUAUACCUUGAAUGUUGGUCAAUUACAAUGUAGUGUGUUCAGAUGUAGGAGGCGAUGUUUGUACCGCGAACGACAUCUUGUACUUGUAAAUAUUGUAAUGUACAUAGGACGUGCAGUAGUGCGCGAGUAGCGCCGCCGCGUCACUCAGCGCUCCACAGGCGAUGCCCGCUACUUCGCUAUCGCAUUCCAAAUUCGAAUGUAUCUGUUUAAUCUUCUGUUCUAUUAUAUAAAAAAAACAUAUUCGUUGAUUGUUGCAUUAUUGUAAAGUUAGUUUCCUGAAGCGUGGGUAUAAGGCGCGUGGUCCGAGGGCAGGCGCAGGCGACACGCGUCGCACUGCGUCGCCUGAGCGAGCACGCGACUAGUUAGCCACUAACCGAGCAUUUAUUUAUUUUUAUGUAAACGUUUUUGGUGUUAGAUAAUUUUUAUUUUUAUAGUAACUCGGUUAAGUUGAUGUUAGUACGAAACUAGGCGGUUGACUCGCGGCAGGGCCGCACUGCCGCGGGUCUAAGUAAGCAUGUUUAUUUUUAGAGCUUAUUUUAUGGUCGACACUAAGUUUGUGCGCAUUAUAUUAAGUUAGAAGCGACAAGCGUCCGCGCUGUGAGUCAGCGCUGGCGACAGCUCGCGAGGAAUGUUCCGCUCGGGGCCGCGCCGGCUCCAACACAUUUGUAUAGUAAUAGAAUUUUGUUUUAUAGAUUAUAAUUAUUGAUAUAAAUAUACAAAAUUAUAUUUGCUA